UCCAUCCCUCACCCAGCCAUCAGUCGCAGCAACACUCCACACCUCCGCACCCCGACUAGGGUUUCCGCCCCGCACCCCGAUCCGACCCUCGACCCCACCACCCGCACCGGCGAUGUCCACCGCGGCGGCCCAGGGCGGCGACAAGCCGGCGCUCCGGAAGCCCGUCUUCACCAAGGUCGACCAGCUCAGGCCCGGCACCAACGGCCACACCCUCACCGUCAAGGUCGUCAGCGCCACCCCCGUCCCCGGCCGCGCGCGCCCAGGCGCCCCCGCACCCGCAUCCUCCCGCGCGCCGCGCAUCGCCGAGUGCCUCGUCGGGGAUGACACCGGCGCCAUCGUCUUCACCGCCCGCAACGACCAAGUUGAUUUGCUGAAGCCUGAUGCCACGGUGAUCUUGCGCAACGCUAAAAUCGACAUGUUCAAAGGAUCAAUGAGGCUUGCAGUUGACAAAUGGGGGCGGAUUGAGGCUACAGAACCUGCCAGCUUCACAGUGAAGGAGGACAACAACCUUUCUCUAGUAGAGUAUGAAUUGGUUAAUGUGGCAGAGUGAUUGCCGAUGUGUUCGUGCCCCUUUUCCGUGCCAUAAGAAGGAAGUACCAUGAAUGAACAUUAUAAAGCCUCUCUAAGCGAGUUUAUUUGUUAUGGUGGUCGUAGAUAAGGUCAAGGUUGUAUCGCUCCAGUUAGAACUUUGGAUUGAUUAAGCUGAGUUACCCUUGCAUCUACCUGAUUGUCA